CUGCCCGGCUUUGAUCUCCGCUUAACAACAGCAACGUCACGCGGGCCGCGGGCGAGUUUUGUUGGAAGUUGCAAAGUCCCGGAGCCCGCAGAGGGCUGUCGGCGCUCCAGCAGCGAGCACGGCGGCGGCGCGCUCCGGCCCCCAGCCCCCCGCACCCCGCGCGCCCCGCCGGCCAUGGCACACCAGCUCCUGUGCUGCGAGGUGGACACCAUCCGCCGCGGCUACCCCGAUGCCAACCUCCUCAACGACCGGGUGCUGCGCGCCAUGCUCAAGGCGGAGGAGACCUGCGCGCCGUCCGUGUCCUACUUCAAGUGCGUGCAGAAGGAGAUCGCGCCGUCCAUGCGCAAGAUCGUGGCCACCUGGAUGCUGGAGGUGUGCGAGGAGCAGAGGUGCGAGGAGGAGGUCUUCCCGCUGGCCAUGAACUACCUGGACCGCUUCCUGUCGCUCGAGCCCCUGCCCAAGAGCCGCCUGCAGCUGCUCGGCGCCACCUGCAUGUUCGUGGCCUCCAAGAUGAAGGAGACCAUCCCGCUGACCGCCGAGAAGCUGUGCAUCUACACUGACCACUCCGUGCGGCCCGACGAGCUGCUGCACAUGGAGCUGCUGCUGGUGAACAAGCUCAAGUGGAACCUGGCGGCGAUGACCCCUCACGACUUCGUGGAGCACUUCCUCUCCAAGAUGCCCGUGGCCCCCGAGAGCAAACGCAUCAUCCGCAAGCACGCGCAGACCUUCGUCGCCCUGUGCGCCACGGACGCCAAGUUCAUCUCCAACCCGCCCUCCAUGGUGGCCGCGGGCAGCGUGGCAGCGGCCGUGCAGGGCCUGCACCUGGGGGCCUCCAGCGGCUUCCUGGCCCCCCACCGCCUCUCGCGCUUCCUCUCCACUGUCAUCAAGUGUGACCCAGUGGCAUCCAGCAGAGGCGCCCCCUCUGAGGCCCUGUCCCCUCCCGCCCCCCAGGACUGCCUCCGGGCCUGCCAGGAGCAGAUCGAAGCCCUGCUGGAGUCCAGCCUGCGCCAGGCCCAGCAGAGCCCGAACCCCAAGGCCGCCGAGGAGGCGGAGGAGGACUUGUCCUGCACCCCCACCGACGUGCGCGACGUCAGCCUCUGAGCGACCGCGGGGGCAGGGAAGGGGUGGGUGGUCCCCGCGCUGCCCCACCCCUCCGCGCCGCCCCACCCCUCGGCCUCUUUCUCCCUUCUGACUGCAGCAAAAGACACAAAGUUCCCCCAAAAACUGUCUUAAAAAAAAAAAAAGGAGCGAAAGAGAGGGGCUAGCAUUCCGCUGGCCCGCGGCCUGGGAAUCCGCUGGUUUCUGGUCCCCGCGGCGGCCCUCAGACUGGUCACUAAGGUCAAGACACUGCCGGCCCGGGCCCAGUUCUGUGUUGCGAGCAAAAAACAAACAAAAAGCUUAAAACCUUUUUUUUUUUUUCCCAAGUAGGAAAACUUUGAAGGCUUUUGCUAGAAGGUUCUGGCAGCUUCCCCAUCCGCCCGGGGAGCUCAGCUUUAAGGCACGGCCAGGCCCCCUGCCGGCUGCCCUGGCCAUAGUCACUUUAUCAGCCUUGUGCCUGGGUGACCUCACGGGGGCAGGGGGGGGAGGUCGUGCCGGCCCCCCCACCGCAGAGCCGCCGGGGACACCCUAGAGUCUAUUUUUGUAAUCUGCCUGUUGUUGUUGUCGUUGUUGGUUUGGGUUCUGUUUUGGUUUUGUUUUUGCCUGUUUGCCCAUGCUGGGUUCUCUCCCCACUGCCCCCCAGGACCCCCCCACCCCCACGGUGCCAAGCGCCCAGCACCCUCAGCUGCGUACACGGUUGGUUUGUGUCGUGUUUCUUCAAUUCCGAAACCAUCCCACCCCGGGCCCCUGGGCCAGCAGCCAGCCCGGCGGCGAGGGAGCGAGCGGGCCCCGCGGGAAGGUUGGGGCAUGUCGAGAGCCUGGCGCAGAGAGCGAGAGCUGGCCGGGGAGGGGCGCGGGGGGCGGCCCUUGCUGCCCACAUGGACCCUUCGGGGGCCCCCGGCCCCCGAGCCAGCUGGUGUCUGCGGGCAGUGGCCGCAGAGGGUGGCCCAGAGGACAAGUAGGUAGGGGGUGCGGGGCGUGGCCGCGGAGGGGCCUGGAGCGCUCCAGGCUGGGGUGGUCUGGGGUCCGCCCGCUCGCUCAUGCCGGGCCGGCCCAGCCUGUGAACUUGAGCUGCUUUGGGGUGGUCAGAGCGACACAGAUGGCGCUUAGGCCCUCGGGGGGGCCCCCCCACAUCUCCCGCCCCUAGAGACCAGGUCAGCCACUAGCCGAUUUGCACUUCUCGCCCGAACCAUUUCUGUACCCUGGAGGGGCCCGUCCUCUCGCCGGCCGCCCCCGCCGGCCCUUCUCUCUCCCACGUUGCUGCUAUCCUCCCCGAGGCCCGGAACCCGGACCCCCAGUCAUGUGUGUGACUCUGCCGUCUGCUCUAUUCCAAAAACAUUCCCGACCCACAGUACCUCGGGCUUCUCAGCCACGUGCAGGCCGGCGGCCCCCGCCCCCACGCUGGACUCACUCCCACCCAGGACCGACCACUGUCCACUGCAGGAGCCCCUCGGCCGUGCUGCUCUCGGCCCUAGCUCCAGAAAGCUGAUUAUUGUUGUUAUUAUUGUGACCCGCUGCGUCGGGCCGGGCCAUGGGGGGGGUGACUGAGUAACUUCCGGAAUUGUUGGGGCGUGUUGGAGGGGCUGGGCGGUUAUGUGGGCGCCCUCCCGGAGUUCUGCCAAGGCCCCGGUAGGCCAAGGCCCGCCUACCUCACCCUCUGGCUGCACCCCUCACCCCCCUGUAGCCAAAAGCAAAAGACAAAGAUGGAAAGUCUAGAAAUAAAGUUGGUGA